UGUUCAGGAUUUUGACCAAUUGUGGGAUAGUUUUGGUAAACGAUAACUUUUACGCACAUGUUCGAGUGGUUCUGGGGAGGCUGGCAGGGGCGUGGUGCGACUCCAGACAGGCUGAUGACUGUGGAUUCACUCACGCAUGGUCACACAAUGUGACAGUCCAAACAUGGCUGGUAACGGGAGGCAUCCCCAUCUACAACUUCAAGCCGCCUCCAAAAACAACAAAAGAAAAAGUGUCCUCGCUCAGUUAGCGGGCCGGGAUAGACAGCCACACAGACUGUGGCGAAGGCUGUGCAGGAAUGAGUUAGUGUAGCCGCAUAAGAAAGACUGAGCUGUGCUGGUGGGGAGGCGACAGGUUACAGGGUUGGUUGCGGGAGACAAAGGUCGCUGCAGCCGCGGAGGUCGACACACUUUUCAGCGCACUCAAAUGAUGGCACCAAUAAUGGCAGAUGGAUUUCCUUUUUGUACUUAAGUAUGACAUCUCCCGUCUAAAGGUAUGAUGGAUAUACACUGCUGUGAAUAUUUUCCCGCACUUAAACGGGAGUAGAUGUCAAGUAAUUGAGAGUUGCAUCAAUUUUACUAAACAAGAGUGCGACAAAAGCCGGACAAAGCUUAAAGGGAGUCCCGGGCCCCUGGCACAUUGUGUGUCUGGCAGGUGACAUACAUACUGCGAACCCUAGUCGAUGGAUUUAUUACCUUUAAUACAAGAUUAUUUUACCUGUACUUUCUCCAUAGGUUAGAAAUUUUAAAGCAUGGGCGACUGGAGCUUUCUGGGGCGGCUGUUGGAGAAUGCUCAGGAGCAUUCGACAGUCAUCGGCAAAGUCUGGCUGACUGUUCUCUUCAUCUUCAGGAUCCUGGUGCUGGGGGCCGCGGCCGAAGAGGUGUGGGGCGACGAGCAGUCCGACUUCUCCUGCAACACCCAACAGCCUGGUUGUGAGAAUGUUUGCUACGAUGAGGCCUUCCCCAUCUCGCACAUCCGCUUCUGGGUGCUCCAGAUCAUCUUCGUGUCCACACCAACUCUCAUCUACCUGGGCCACGUGCUACACAUUGUCCGCAUGGAGGAGAAGCGGAAAGAGAAGGAGGAGAUGCACAAAGCAAACAGAUUCCAAGAGGAGAAAGAACUCCUUUACAGAAAUGGAGGAGUAGGUGGCAAGAAGGAGAAGCCACCAAUCAGGGAUGAGCAUGGCAAAAUCCAUAUUAGAGGCACACUGCUGCGUACCUAUGUGUUCAACAUUAUUUUCAAAACCCUGUUUGAAGUUGGAUUCAUUUUGGGGCAGUAUUUCCUCUAUGGCUUCCAGCUGAGUGCCCUAUACAAGUGUGCACGUUGGCCCUGCCCCAACACUGUUGACUGCUUCAUAUCGAGGCCCACCGAAAAGACUAUUUUUAUUAAAUUUAUGCUUGUGGUGGCUUGUGUGUCUCUUUUCCUAAAUUUGUUAGAGAUCUAUCACCUUGGAUGGAAGAAAUUUAAACAAGGAAUGACAAAUGAGUUUGCCCCUGACCAUGAGUCUCUGCACCGCGUUGACAUUGUGGAACCAGAGUGUUUGGCCUCGGCCUCGAGAACUGCCCCAUCCAGCCUCAGCUAUCCUCCAAACUACACAGAUAUGAUUUCAGGGGGUGGGGCAUUCUUGCCACCCAUAGGGCCAGCAGCAGUUCCCUCAAAAGCGGAGUUCAAGAUUGACGACCUCCAGCAGGAAGAGUCCCUACGCCAGCCUCCCCCCUCUUCCCACUACUACAUCAGCAACAACAACAACCACAGGCUGGCUGCACAGCAGAACUGGGCCAACCUCGCCACCGAGCAGCAGACUCGGGAAAUGAAGGCCACCUCACCUUGCCCAUCCUCCUCUUCCUCCACCAGUGCAGACAAGGAGCAGCAGCAGCUGGUCAAUGCUGCACUGCUCCUUCCCACCAGUAACACCACCAGUAACACCAACAUCACCAAUACAACCACCAUCGCUGCCUCCAGUAGCAGCAGCCAGGGCACUGCCUCCAACACAGGAAGCUGGGGUGGGGGGAAGAACGAGCAGGAGGAAGGCCACGUCACAACCACCACAGUGGAGAUGCAUGAGCCCCCAGUAACAGUCAGCACAGACCUUCGGCGGCUCAGUCGGGCCAGCAAAAGCAGCAGCAUCAGGGCCAGGCUGAGUGACCUGGCUAUCUAGGUCUCCUCAACUCUCUCAUGUCCCUGAAACCUCCCUCACCAACAUCUGGCUUCCCUCAGACCCACCCCAAACAUAGUGAUUCACAGUACCACAAAAAUAACACACACGCAUAAUGCAAAAAAUGAGAGAGAGAGAGCAAGGUGACAAGAGACAGGAAAGCAUAAUAGCAGAAAAAUGUGAAAUACUUGGUUCGCAACAGCUGGUGGUUUAGUGCAGUCGGUGAGUUGCAAAAUCAAAAUCCAAAUGAUCCAAAACAAUGACAGUGGAGAAACCAGUUAUUCAAUGUGUAGCCAGACAAUUCACCCAUAUAUCUUGUACAUCAUUUUAAUUUAGUUUCGUAGUCAAAUUGGUGAGAAUGUGCACUGAGUUGCACUACAACUUGGUCCAUUUGACCGUUAACCUGGAAGGUCUUUUGCUGCAGCAUUUCCAGGAUUUUACUAAACAAACACCUAUUGUGUUAAAUAUAAUUCAUUCAGGAAGUAAUUUCAUCAAAACACAUUACCUGUAUUGUGGUCCUUGUGUGCAGGCUAGCCUAGCUCUACGACUCACCGAUUCACUGACAAAUUAGCAUGGCAAAAGUGACCAGGUUGGUUUUACCCAUGAUUCAUUGCAGCACUUCUUCUAGAGACAGAAGGUGAAUCUUAAUUCCCCUAAGUGCCUCCACCUUUCCAUCACUUACAUCUUUUCCUUCCUAAGAUGUAAGGAAAAAGAA